AUGUCGUUACUAAGGGGACCGUUACCAUAUGCUUUCGCCGGCAAAAAAUUGCGCUCAGGAAGGAAUUUGCAAUUAGAGAAUGGGACCAGCAAUGCUGACGAGCUUGACAUCAUACGUGAAAGCAUCAUCAAGGGAAGCAAGAUUCCGCCCAAGUUCGACAAUAAUUUUGGGAAGAAAUCCCAGCUCAAGAAUUACGAUGAAGAUGAGGAAGUGACAGAAAUAAUACUUAGUCGUUCUUUGGCCUGCGCUCGUUUUCCGAGUCCAGUGAAAUUUUUAGUUGAAAAGGAGAACGGUGUGUUACGACUACGAGCUCUUGGCGUAGAUCUGCGGGCGAUUGAAGAAUUAGAUGCGUUCAAAGCUGUCGACGGGGACAUUCCAAUAAUUGGAGGAGACUCAUUCACUCAGCCUACGGUGAAGCGUAAGAGAGGUCGUCCCAGAAAGCUCCGCCCCGGGCUUUGACCUCGGAAUUUGAACCGUCAGCGAAGCUGCUCAAUUCGGGACAAGCUCGCGUCCGGUGAAGCCCAAUUUAGUCGAUUGGAUUACGUGAAUACCUGGAAACGAGUCAAAAUGUUCAAGUGUUGCCAAAGCGUAGUAGCAUGCCUCUUGCGUUUAGCCAACCUCGGUGUCUUGCAUGUUUUAACUAACCAUUUGACGUGAUCAUUGGGAAGUGAUGACGGGAUUAUGUUCGCCUUACCUAGGAGGCUGAUCGUAGAAUCUCGCACGCGCUUUUAGUCUAAUUGUUUUUCUUGCAAAUUUUGGCGAUUGCUCACGGAGGAAUUGCUCCGUGAUCUCCUAUGCGUUUGUGAUAACUGGGCACAUUGGUUACGUUUUUUCUGUGGUUCAAGUGUAUAAUAGUCAGCCGUUGAUUUUGUUUCGAUUCCGUUACUGCACCUGCGUUCAAACUUGUUGACCGAAUUAUCCAAAGAGAUCUUAUUGUUGCGCAAGAAGAAUAAGCUGGACUGUAAGUUAGACUCGCGGAAAAUCAGUAAUCGUUCUUCAAAUCAAGAUGUGAUAACUAUGAGAUGUGUUUCUUGUGUUCCUUAAAUCUAGUUACAUUUGUGGGGAUAGCGGCGCAAUAGUCUCGGCCAGUUAUGUCUGAAACCCCCGGUAUCGAUUUUUCUUGGUUCGUGAUUCGAAGCCCUGUCUGUGAUGCCCUGAAAUUUCGUUAUGUGUUUCUUUGUAGAUUCGGGAGAUGAAAUUCAAUUGCGCGCGUGGUUGUUCAGAGGUUAAAUCGGUUUGAUAGUACGGAUAGUUGACGACCUUGUUAGUGAUUUCAACAGAAGAUACCCAUUUUGGUGAAGUACUGUAUGUCAUGAAUAUUCGUUCCCAAGUUUCAAGAUUUCAAUGGUUAUCGAUUCUGUAUAGUUUAUAAAAAGAAAUACGGUUGAAUCUCUAGAAGGAAGACACUUCGUUUUCAUGAUUUCAUAAAGGAGAUGUGUGCCAGAAAGAUGCCCCCCCCCCCCUGAUGGAUUGUUGUGUGUUGGAUGUUCACGUUUGCACAUGUUCUUUUAUUGCUUAGCGGUUGAGGAUUGUUGGAGCUAUGCCACUGCCAGUGUAUCGUUAUAGUGCGGGACUCCUGGAGUCUUUUUUUUUCCUCGGCAUUGACACCGUAUUAGUGUUUUUACGUCGCACGGUGCAAUUUACACAUGUUACUCGGAGGCAUUUUUAAUCGGACUUCAUAUCAUAGUCAGAGAUUUUUUUCGGUGAAGGGGACGUCGGUGUGAAGGAUCAUAUCAGUGUGGGCAGUUACGUGUUUUAAUGGUUGGUUUCUUCUUCCCCUGGCUUAGGUUGCUUGUUUUACUCAGGAAAUUUUUGGAAUAAUAAACCAGAUGUUGAACGAUU